UCGCAUGAGCACGAGAAGAAAGUGAAGAAUUAAUGCGAACCAGAGAACAAUGAAAAAAGGAGUCGCAAGUCCAAUUUCUUGUCCACACAAAUCAGACUCGAAGCUGCGCUUCAGAGUAGAGGCCUCCUAAGAUUAUUUUAUUAUUGGUUUUCUUUGGGUGUCACCGAAGCUCGGCCAUUUGGACUGGGCGCCGCUGCAGGGAUCGCUGCUCCCCUCCCCUCUCUGGUCCACUCUUACGCGCUAUAAGAAGAUCCGAAGGAGACCGAUUCUUGUUUUUCUUUUUCUCCUUCUCUGGUUUCCCGUCUCCUUCCUACUCUAGUCGCCUGCCCAUCACUUCCUUCGCCCAUUAAUGGCUGCUGCUUAGACUUGGCGGCUUCGACUCAGUCUUCUCACGGCAUGCACACGGAAGAGAGGAGCAGGACAGAUCUAAAUAGGUUCACUCAUUGAGGAAAAAGUUUAUGCGUUGUAAGGGUAUUGGACUUUGAAUAUCCUGUUUCUGUCAGUUCCGGUGCAAGUUCCUUUACUGAGAUUGCUGCCCUUAUCAUUUGGCGGUAGUUGUUGUCUUCUUGGCUUCAACAAUCACGCAAUAGGGUUCUUACACUUAUCUUGAAGGAUGAGCGCGCUUGUUUUAUUUGUUUCUUAAGAGUUGACUGAGAGGCAGUCCACCUAUGAUGGUCAUUGUCCAUCCAUCAAUUGAAAUGAGCCCAGUAGAAGAGCAUCCCAGCUGCGAAGAGGGAGACCCAAUUGUCUCAUCUUCGAGAUCCAGGAAGCCCCAUUCAUCAUCUGUUCCAGAUUUCACACUGUGGACUCCCAAGCAAAUCAGAUAUACGAUAUGGACCAGCGUUUACACUGUUUUGAUUAAAGCCAAGAUCAAUGUACUAUUACCUUUUGGCCCACUUGCAAUCCUCCUUCAUUAUCUAACUGGAAGGCAUGGAUUAGUUUUCUUAUUCAGUUUAGUGGGCAUAACACCAUUGGCUGAGCGCUUGGGUUAUGCUACAGAGCAACUUGCCUUCUUCACUGGGCCUACAGUUGGAGGACUCCUAAAUGCUACAUUUGGCAAUGCAACUGAGAUGAUUAUUUCUAUAUAUGCUUUGAAAAGUGGUAUGAUACGUGUUGUCCAGCAGUCAUUACUUGGCUCUAUUUUAUCCAAUAUGCUAUUGGUGCUUGGUUGUGCUUUCUUUUGUGGUGGAAUCAGACACUGCAAAAAGGAUCAACGGUUCAACAAGGAAGCUGCUGUGGUGAGCUCGGGAUUGCUGCUUAUGGCUGUCAUGGGUAUCCUUUUCCCAGCUGUUCUUCAUUUUACCCAUACGGAGGUGCACUUUGGGAAGUCAGAGUUGGCACUUUCAAGGUUUAGUAGCUGUAUAAUGCUGCUGGCAUAUGCAAGUUAUCUGCUAUUCCAAUUGAAAAGCCGUCCAAGUCUUUACACUCCUAUUGAUGAGGAAAUAGAGAACAGUGUUGAAGCCUCCAUAGCUGAGGAUGAAGAGGUUCCUGAGAUAAGUCUGUGGGCAGCUAUUUGUUGGCUUGCUAUUUUAACGGUGUGGAUCUCCAUUCUUUCUGGAUAUCUUGUCGAUGCAAUACAGGGAGCAUCUGAAUCGUUGAAUAUGCCUGUUGCAUUCAUCAGUGUCAUUCUUCUUCCUAUUGUGGGAAAUGCUGCAGAGCAUGCCAGUGCAAUCAUGUUUGCCAUGAAAGAUAAACUUGACAUUUCCUUGGGAGUUGCAAUAGGAUCUUCCACUCAGAUUUCAAUGUUUGUGAUUCCUUUUUGCGUUGUUGUUGGCUGGAUGAUGGAAAAGCCAAUGGACCUCAAUUUUCAGCUAUUUGAGACGGCUACACUUUUCAUUACGGUUCUGGUAGUCACGUUUAUGCUGCAGGAAGGUACUUCAAACUACUUCAAAGGGCUGAUGCUAAUUUUUUGUUAUCUUAUUGUUGCUGCGAGUUUCUUUGUGCAUAUUGAUCCUAAAACGAGUGCUGAUGAUUAGCUGCGGUAUGCCCACGACUGAGUUUAAGAUGAAAGCAAAGCUGCAGGGAUCUUCAGUGUAUAUAAGUUCGUCGAGAACCCCACUUAAGACGCCUACAGUACUCAAGAAAUUGCCAGUCAAUAGCUGCAGAGAGAGAUGGAGGAAGAGAGCCCGUUUUCUUUGCAAAUUUGGCACUGGGUUGUACGUCUGAAAUUUUUUAUUUAAUUAUCAGGAGUCUUUGAAUCUGUUCCAAUCAAUUUCAAUAUGAAUGUAAUAUUUUCUUGUUUUUA